CCAUUUCAUCGCGUUAGUUCUCUGAGUUUUCCACUGCGUUCUUUCCUACCUUUAACGUAGGAACUCUCACCGGAAUUUCGUCGGAACGCCUUUACUCGUUUCUUUUUAGUCGUAAGAUUUUAAAAAUGUAUAAUAACAUGGGAGCCCAGCCUGGGGUACCAAGACCGCCAACAAAUCCUCAGCCAAAUCCUUUUGGUAAUUCAUUUUAUGGGGCUGGUUCUGGUCUUAUACGUGGUGGUCUGGGUGCAUAUGGAGAGAAAAUUUUGGGAUCAAGUUCCGAGUAUGUGCAAAGUAAUAUAAGUAGAUACUUCUCUGAUCCCCAGUACUACUUUCAAGUGAAUGAUCAGUAUGUGAGAAACAAAUUGAAGGUUGUUUUACUGCCAUUUCUGCACAGGGGCCAUUGGACAAGAAUAACUGAGCCAGUAGGUGGAAGGCUUUCCUAUAAACCCCCAAUUUAUGACAUAAAUGCACCGGACUUGUACAUCCCAUUUAUGGCGUUUGGCACUUAUGUCGUUCUUGCUGGAUUGUCACUUGGCCUUCAAGGAAAGUUUAGCCCUGAUGCACUUAACUGGCUGUUUGUUAAGGGAUUACUUGGAUGGUUUCUGCAAGUCAUGCUGCUGAAAGUAACAUUACUAUCAUUAGGUAGUGGCGAGGCACCAUUACUCGACAUUCUGGCAUAUGCCGGGUAUGCUUUCACUGGAAUGUGUUUGUCUGUCCUCGGAAGGAUCAUAUGGAGAUACUCGUACUACUUUUUGAUGCCAUGGACAUGCUUAUGCAUGGGAGUUUUCUUGGUGAAGACAAUGAAGCGAGUCCUGUUUGCCGAGGUUAGAAGUUACGAUUCCAGCAAGCACCAUUAUCUCUUACUCUUUAUUGCCCUUGCUCAAUUUCCACUUUUCAUAUGGCUUGGCAACAUCAGUGUUAAUUGGUUUUUCUGAAACCGCAUCAUUGUCUGAAUUGUGUUUAUACAGUUUUAACAUGCUUUUAGGCAAUAUUACUUCAGUUUAUUUCUUCUCUGGUAAAA